CAAAAUAACGUUAAAACCUCAAAAGAUGGAUGAAAAAUGUGCUUUAGGAGCUGAACUAUAAUAAUUGAUACUUUUGGAAGCAAACAAAACGGUUUAAGAUAAGAUUUUCACCAACAAAAAUCUCUCUGUCACAAUUUCUAGGUUAUGUUCUCUCGGUGAACUAAGAGAAUGUUAAAAUUAUCACAAUAUAUUCAAACCAAGGGAGGGAUAUAAAUCUUUUUGUAAGAAAUAACACACAAAUGAUCAAAAUGACCUGGAAAACACUUUUAAACCUUGCUUGGUGGCACAUAAUCGGAGGAAGAAGAGAGUCAAAUUCUAAGAAUGACGCCCCAAGAAAAUCUCAAGAUUAGAGGAAGCACGAAAUAACAACAAGGGAAAAAAAUAGGAAUCAGUCUACAAAAAGGAGGACAAACAAACUGGUUUUAAAUAGUUAAAAGGGUAUUAACAGCUGUGUUUGGAGUAACAGUUGCUAUGGGGAGUUUUAUUUACGUUCUGCAUCGAUUAUUUCCCCUCGAAAGGAUAAAAACACCGAAAGAUUAACGCAGUGUCGUUUCGAACGUCUAUUUUGACGGAUAAAACGUGUUGAUUUGAUGCUGUUGAUAUGUCAGGGACAAAUCGAGCAAAUCCUGGAGAUAACUUCGACUUAAAAUUGUUCGGUGACAAGGUGAAACUCGAAGUUCGAACGAUAAAUAAGCCCACAUCGAGAUGUGCUUUAUUAAGCAGACCUUCCUCGGCAAUUCCAGCUCUUAAUUUAUAUUCUAAACAAGAAGAUUUCGAUUUAAAAAUAAAGAGGCCCUUCUCAGCUGGGUGUAUUCAACACAAAUCAAUGGAAAGUUUAUGUAAUGAAGAUCCAUCAGCUCAAUUAUGCGCUUCCGAAGCUAAAUUCGAAAAAAAUCAAGAUUUUGAAUCUUAUAAUUGCCUAUUAAAGCCAGGAUUAACAACGAAACCACCCCUUCCAAAAAAAUCGGAGCAAAACCAAAAACUUGACGAUGAAAUUGAAAUAAUUCGUUUAAAAUCGUUGCAGUUCGAUAAAGAAUUUAACGAGGCUUACAAAACAUCUAAAGAUAUAAUGAGUGAAAAGGAAUUUGAGAAUUACUUGGAGAAAUCAAGUUAUUUUAAAAUCGAGGAAAAAAACGCCGCAAAAAAUGAGAAAAAAACCGACGGAUUUUUAAAGAACUUAAAAAUAAAGCAAGUAGAAAUCGAUAAAUGUAUUAAUAAAGCUCAAAAAGUUUUAGAGAAAAGUUUACCAAAAUCUAAUAAAGAUUCAAAAUUAAACAGCCAAAUGAAAGUGGAUAACUGGUUAAACGACAAAACUAAAACAGAAACAAACAAAACCAACUAUUUUGAGAUACUAGAUAAAGUGGAAGAUUUAGAUUUCGUUACAAGAGUGGAAGAUGAGAUGUUAAAAGAAAUUCCCGAACAUGAUAAAGAAGACGUUUCCGAUUCUAAUACUUACGAUGAUAUUGUUCAAAUCCUCGAGGUUUUAGAAGAAGAGGAUAGAAAAUCACACCGAAACAUCGAAUCGAUGAAAGAAAUUUUAGAUUUAAAACAAAAAGAUGUACCGAUUAUCAAAAUAACCGAAGCAAGUCGAGCGAGUUCCGCGACGAGUCAUUCAAGCGAUCAAGGAUUGGGCUCAACAGCUUCGUUAAUCUCUAAUUCAUCAAAUUACACCGAAAUUUUAUCGUAUUUAGAUGAGGUCGAUAAAACUUGCACAAAAUCUCUUAAAGUGGCUAAAGAAAAAGUUCAAAAAGUAACUAAGGCUUUGGAAGGAACUGUGGUGUUUUCAACAAUUCCGAAAAAAGAGGAUUUAAUUCAACUAACAAUAGAGGAGCUUUCCGAGCAAAUAAUCGAUCUGCAUCUCCGCGUUAAAGAUAAAUCGUCCUCUAUAAAACUCCUUCAAGACGAAUUAUCAUCGCUUAGAGACCAAGUGUUAAAAAUAACCAAACAAACGGAGACCAUCGUAAGGGAGAAAUUAAAAUCUCAAAAAGAGGAGCACGAAAACAUCGUGAAGCGCCACCAAAAAUUCAUCGACCAAUUAAUAGCCGAUAAAAAAGCAUUAAAUCAACAAUGCGAGGGUCUCAUCAACGAAAUGAAAAUGUUGGAGGAUCGGUAUAGUUCGAAUAUGAAAGCUGCCGAACAUAAACACCAAGUUGAAAUGAAAAAAGCUAAAGAAAUGCAUUUAGCCGGGGAAAAGAUACGGAGAGAACGUUGGAUUGAAGGAAAAACACAAAAAAUUAAAGAACUCACAGUGAAAAGUAUCGAACCCGAGCUUCAAAGUAUGACUUUACGACACGAACGUGAACUCUCCGAUCUCCGAGCUUUACAUAAAAAAGAAAUCGAAGAUUUGGAGAUGAAAUCGGCGAGAAAAACCCAACAAUUAUUAGAAAACUUACGAGAACAAUUAGGCGAAGAAAGAGAAAAGGCUGUUGCGAACGAGCGCGAAAUAAUGAAUCAACGAUACCAAAAAUUAAUCGAAAACGAAGAAAAAAAUUAUCAAGAACAAAGAAGACGAUUACAACAAGAACAUUCAAAAAAAAUGUUAGAAUGCGAAGAAAAAGAGGCGAUGAUAACAACGGAAAAAGAAAAAACAAUAAAAUUAAUUCAAGAAGAUUUCGAUGAAAAAUUAAACGCCUCAAAACGAAAACACAACAACGAAUUAAAACUUUUAAAAGAAACAACCGAAAUGGAAUUAGAAGCGUGGAAAAAUAAUUACCGCAAACAACAAACCGUACAAUUACUUGAAAAAGAAACGAAAAUGCGAGAGCAAUUUAAAAAAGAACGCGAUCGGGAAAUCGAGGAAGUUAUCGAAAGAUUAGAAGCUGAAACGAACGAAAAUAGACAACAAAUUGAGAUUACCACGGAAAAUAGGAUACGAAGAAUGCGGGAGAAAUUUGAAAAUGAAAUUAAAGAAUUGGAAAAAUCCGAAAAUGAGGUUAAAUUAAAAUACGGUCAAACGAAAACGAAAUUGUUAGAAUACGAAGAUGUUGUGAUUCAUUUAAAAGGUAGUAUUAAACAAAUAGAGAAUCAAUUGAGUGUGAGUCAAGAAAUUUCUGCGAAAUUAACGGAGGAAAAAGAAAAUAUGAAGGAAAUUGUUCGGAAAGAAAUGAACGAGGAUUUAAAAGAGUUAGAAAAUGAAGUAAAUCGAUUAAAAAGUGAGAAAGAUAAGGAGUUAAAUCAAGUUUAUUCGAGAGUUAAAAUUGCGAUAGCUAAAAAGGAUGAAAUGCUUCAAGAAUUAUCGCGAGAUUUUACUUCUAUUCAAGAAAAAUGUGUUUAUUUGGAGAAUAUGUUGGAGCAGCAACGAAAAGAAUAUUUAAUUAAGUAAUUUUAUAAAAAUACGUUUUGUAUCAAUUUUUUAAUAUAUUUUUUGUGAUUAAUUUCACAAUUUCAUAAUAGA